CUCUGUGUCUCUACUCUGUCCACGUAAAGUCCCGGGCCAGAGGUCCGACACAGCUGCCUCCCCUAGAUGGAGCACGUGCUUCCACUCCCCCCGUCCCGCUACCUCACUGCUCGAGCCCUUUGUAUGAAAUGUGCGCGAGAAGACUCCGCAGUGAGCGGUGCUGAGUGCGAGGAAAACCGUCACCGACCCGGGACACACGCGCAUCAAACCGGAUUCGAGUGCACCGGAUUCAACCACGAGCUGAAACACCGAGUCUCAACUCCCGCGGUGGUUUACCGUGUUGGCGGGAUGUUUAUGUGAAGGAGCGCGACGCGUUUAUCGGGAAGUUUGAUCCUACGGUGAGACCGCGGACCGACAGGCGCUCGAGCCAACAUCUCGCCCGAAACUUGCCGACUCUUUGUGUUCCGCCGCUUCCAGAUUUAAACUCCUCACCGGACUAUCGUCCCGGGGAACUGAGACCAGACCACUCUCUACAUCCCGCUCCAGGUGAGCGUCGGUCGGGACCGGGCCGUGCCGACCCUCCGAUCGGCGUCCUGAACCACAUCCCCGGGUCUCCUCGCUCAAAGCGGUCCGAGCUGCGGGGGGCUGAUGGAGGUGAGGGUGUUCCCGCCUCUCCCGCAGACCGCGGCGGAGCGCGCCCGGCUGGGCCAGCUGGCCUACUCCGAGCAGGCUCUGGGGAGCAAGUUGGACGGAGAUUCCAUGUUUCUGGGCGUGUCCAACACAGGACUGGACUUCCCUUCCACCAAUCAGUUUCGUGUACCACAGCCGCCCCUCCCCCCCAGCAAGCUGACUCCGCCUACCCUGGCUGCUCCUUGGAGGAGGGAGAGCAACGACACACACCGGCUGCCCUGGCCCUUCUCUCUGGGCGAUGAGGACUUCAACAUCCCCCCCAUCACUCCGCCCACUCAGCCGGACCACGCCCACGGGGCGUACCACCCCCUGGCCCCCCACGGCCUGCCGCCCCAGCACCACCACCCCUACCACCUGCAGCCCAUGAGGGCCCAGCACGGGGGGCCGGGCCACGACGGAGACCCCUUCUCCCAGGAGGGCAGCAGCCCCGCCACCAGCACCCUGUCUGUGAUGCAGCAGAUGGUGAACUCUGACUCCCGCUUCACCAGCAGCCAGCAGCCAAUCGACGCAGCCCUGGGGCCCAGGAGCCAAUCAGGUCUGAGCCAGCAGGGUCAGCUGACCACCAUCAACCAAUCCCAACUGGGGCUCGCUACCAACCACUCACCCUCCCCACCAGGAAGUAAAUCGGCCACACCCUCUCCCUCCAGCUCUGUGCAUGAGGACGAGAAUGACGACUCACUGAGGGGGGGCGUGGUGAUAGGGGAGAAGAGACCAGCAGCCUUCGACACUCCUAAGAAAGCCAAAACACCAAAGAAGAAGAAGAGGAAGGACCCCAACGAGCCGGUGAAGCCCGUGUCGGCCUACGCCCUCUUCUUCAGGGACACGCAGGCCAACAUCAAGGCCCAGAACCCCAACGCCACCUUCGGAGAGGUCUCCAAGAUAGUGGCCUCCAUGUGGGAUGGCCUGGGGGAGGAGCAGAAGCAGGAGUAUAAGAAGAGGACAGAGACGGCUAAGAAGGAGUACCUCAAACAGCUGGCGGCGUACAGAGCAAGCCUCGUCUCCCAGAGCUACAACGAUCCCUCAGACAUGAAGCCCCCGCUCUCCUCCUCCCCCUCCCCCUCCCCGGCCAUGUUUACAUCUAAACCCUCCACCUACCCUGGUCACCCAGGGCAACAACAACCAUCACACCCCGGUCACCCAGGGCAACAACAACCCUCACACCCCGGUCACCCAGGGCAACAGCAACCAUCACACCCCGGUCACCCAGGGCAACAGCAAUCAUCACACCCUGGUCACCCAGGGCAACAUCACCCCUCACACCCUGGUAACCAAGGGCAACAACCAUCACACCCUGGUCACCCAGGGCAACAGCAACCAUCACACCCUGGUCACCCAGGGCAACCGACUUCACACCCGGGUCACCCAGGGCAACAGCAACCAUCACACCCUGGUCACCAAGGGCAACAGCAACCAUCACACCCCGGUCACCCAGGGCAACAACACCCCUCACACCCUGGUCACCCAGGGCAACAUCACCCCUCACACCCUGGUAACCAAGGGCAACAACACCCCUCAAACCCUGGUAACCAAGGGCAACAACAUCAUCCGUCACACACUGGUAACCAAGGGCAACAACACCCCUCACAUGCUGGUAACCAAGGGCAACAACACCCCCCACACGCUGGAAACCAAGGGCAACAACACCCCUCUCACCCUGGUCACCAAGGGCAACAUCCUAGUAACCAAGGGCAACAACAUCACCCCUCACAUCCUGGUAACCAAGGGCAACAACAUCACCCUUCACAUCCUGGUAACCAAGGGCAACAACAUCACCCCUCACAUCCUGGUAACCAAGGGCAACAACAUCACCCCUCACAUCCUGGUAACCAAGGUCAACACUCUGGUCACCAAGGGCAACAACAUCACCCCUCCCACCCAGGGCAACAGCACCCUGCCACCCACCACUCAGGGGUAUACCCACCUUACCCUCACCCCCACCCCCACCCCCACGGCCCACCAAUCCCCUCCCACAGCCCGAGCCUCAGCCCCCACCUGCCCAUGCACUCCCAGCUCCAGCUCCAGGCGCUGUCCUCCAGGGGGGCGGCCCCCAGGCCAAACCUCCCCCACCAGGGGGCUCUGUCUGUGGGCAGCCUCUCCACAGCCUCUCCACCUCCACACCAACUCAGCCCGCCGCUACACAGCCAGGCCCUCCUGGGGGGGCUGCACAGCCCCCACCACCACAGCCACCAGCAGCAGCAGCAGCAGCAGCACCACAGCCACCUCCAGAACCCCCAUCAGAACCUCCACCCUAACCUCCACCAUAGCCCACAUCAUAGCCACAUGCAGCAGCAGCUGGCGGGACACCCCUUGGGCCUGGCCCACCCUGCUGCCAUCACUCAGGGCUACCCCCACUCUCUCCAGUCAGAGUACCAGCCAAUGGGAGGAGGUAUGCUGAGCAGCAGAGGGAUGAUGUCCUCUCCAGCGGACUACCACCAGCUGGGGCGGCCUGGGCCGCAGGGCUUGGACUGGAGCUCUGAGUACCACGGCAGCGGGUAGGGGUCUCCAGAGGGACAAGCACCUGUUCCUGAGCUGAUCCAGGGUCAACGGUCGCCACACACGUCUACACGACCCCGCCGACGACACAGCCUCCCAACAUGACCCCGUCCCCAUGGACUCAAUCCUCCACACCAAACACAGAGAACCUGCAGACACAUGAUUAAGACCUGAGCCUGAAUGGUGCAUAACUGGACACGUCUUGCCCCCCCUCGACCCAAGCCCCUCCUCCCUAUCGGCUCCUCUUCUACUCCGUACUGGACCUCAACUACAUGAGCACUGGGCCUCAACCCAACAGCUUUACCUGAGCCACUACCACCCACAGGUAACUAGCCGACCCACAAUAGUCCCUACCACCCCAUAAGAGUGACUGCCAAUCCAAAAGAGUUACUGCCACCCCACAAGAGUCCCUACCACCCCAUAAGAGUGACUGCCAACCCAAAAGAGUCACUGCCAACCAAAAAGAUCGACUGCAACCCCACAAGAGUCACUACCACCCACAGGUCACUAGCCACCCCACAGGAGUCACUACCACCCCACAAGAGUGACUGCCACCCCACAAGAGUCACUGCAACCCCACAAGAGUCACUGCCACCCCACAAUAGUCUCUACUCACUACCAUCCCAUAAGAGUCACUACCAACCAACAAAAGUCACUACCAGUACCACCCCAAAAGAGUCACUGCCACCCCACAAUAGUCACUACCACCCAACAAAAAUCACUACCACCCCACAAGAGUCAGUAUCACCCACAAGAGUCACUACCAAACCCUCCCUUACCUGGCACCACAACAAGGACCUGAUGGCAUUGUUUCUGGUCUUUUUUUAAACACUACAGAGGGUUCAAAAGAUUGUUAAUGCAAGAGGAACAUGAGAUAUGUUGGGUUUGGUUUGAAAAUAAGAGAUUUAGAGAUCAACACAGAGGCAUAAAUGUGAAGGGCACAGAAGUUACGGUUAAUCUAUAAAUUAGAUUAACCGUAAUAAAUUAAUCAAAAGUAAUAAAUUAAGUGUUGGUAAAACCCCUGAUGUAAACCUUUGUGGAUGACAGAGGGUUACAUUAGGGGUUACCUGAUACAGCCCAGAGUCUAGACUCAUUCAACAGUGUUUCCCAUUUACAGAGCUUCUGAAGGUUAGCUCUAGUUAGCAGGGUAAGAGGUGGUGUGAGCUUCCUAGUAAUAGACCAGAACAUACCUGGGCUUUCACACCUGGGUCGUCACACCUACACCUAGGCCGUCAAACCUGGGACGUCACAGAUGGGGCAUCACACAUGGGGGUCACACCUGCCGUUUACCUGCUGUGAGGGAGGGGCCUGUGUACCUGCCGUGGGGGAGGGGCCUGUGUACCUGCCGUGGGGGAGGGGCCUGUGUACCUGCCAUGGGGAGGAGCCUGUGUAGGCGUGGCACGGCCUGGUCGCAGACUAGAGACUACUUAACAACCUGUGUCUGGAGUGUACCUAUGUUUGGGUUUUUAAUAAUAUGAAGUUUUAUUUGGAUAACAUUGUUGUAUUUUGUUAUAAUAUGAAGUGUUAAUGAUGGUUUCUUCCUGUUUGUGUGGACAAACAGAAAGAGGCAGCCAUGUUUGUCCUUAUUUUUUUGAUUCUAAUGUGUUACGUUGACAAUAAAUGUGGUGCUGCCUUGAUGUGCAGCCAUCAUGUGAA